AUGUACUUCUCAAAAAUCCUCUUUCUGAUAUCCCCUCUUCUCUUAUCCAUUACCGCAUCUCCAAUUGAAGAACGAGCCUCCUGGCCUUAUGCCCCCUUUACCACAUCAGGUCGAUGGAUUCUUGAUUCAGCCGGACAUAAUGUGUCUUACGCUGGUGCCAAUUGGCCUGGUGCUGCAGACACGAUGAUACCUGAAGGUCUUCAAUAUCAAUCAAUUGCCAGUAUCGUGACGAAGAUUAAAAGUCUAGGCAUGAAUGUCAUUCGUCUUACAUAUGCUAUCGAAAUGAUUGAUGAUUUUUAUGCCAAUGGUCAGGUGGAUACAUCGAUUUUAACGAGUUUUACAAAGGCUUUGGGGACGACUAAUGGUACAGCUGUUUUUAAUCAGGUUGUUAAGAACAAUCCUACUUUUACAAGUAAGACAACUAGGAUGCAGGUCUUUGAUGCUAUUGCUGCAGAGUGCUUCAAGCAGCAAAUUUAUGUGCAUCUUGAUAAUCAUGUCUCGAAGGCUAUUUGGUGCUGCUCCAAUACUGAUGGAAACUCUUGGUUUGGAGAUACUUAUUUUAAUGUUGCGAAUUGGCAACGAGGUAUUGCAUACAUGGCUACUCGGGGUGCAUCCUGGGGUAACCUAAUGUCCAUGGCACUCCGCAACGAACUCCGUGAACCAAAAUCCAACACACCUCUAGAUUCAUCUUCAUACAACUGGGAAAACUGGUACACCAACGUCGUAGCUGGCAUGAACAGUAUCCACACCGCCAAUCCCAACGUUUUAAUCUUUAUCUCCGGUCUCAACUUCGAUACCGAUUUAUCAACCAUUCCAAAUGCCGCUCUCCUCACACCAUCCACCACACAAAAAUUCCUCAAAUCAUCUUUCUCUUAUGCUAACAAAUUGGUUUUGGAACUUCACAAUUACGCAAGCAGUACUACCAGCUGCUCGAGUUUGCAAAAUAGUCUUAAGUCUCAAGGAUAUAAUGCUCUGAAUGCUGGUGUCACGAAUCAAAUGCCAGUGGUCAUGACGGAGUGGGGUCAUGCCCAGACAGCGGCGGAUUAUGCAACGGUUUAUUCGACUUGUUUGAAGACUUAUCUAACUUCUAUCAAGGGAGGUUGGAUGGUUUGGGCUUUAAGUGGAAGCUAUUAUAUUAGGUCUGGAAGUCAAGAUUAUGAAGAGACAUGGGGAUUACUUACCCAUGACUGGUCAGCAUGGAGAGAUCCAACGGAUGUGGCGAAUGUCAUUGUACCCAUGGUUAGUGGGACGAAGAUUUACUCGCCAUAA